AUGCCGGAAUCCCAGCCGGGGUUUGCCGAUGAAGGUAACUGGAAAGCAAAGGGGAGGGCUGUGUGGGUGAGAACCUCCGUGUGCCUUAAGGUCUGGGAGCUGGAAGGAGGCCACUCGGGGGGCGCGCUUAUGCAGGAGGUAUGGGAACUCGGUGGAGGGCCGAAUCCUGCCUCAUGGGCAGCGGUGGUCUUCGGUGCCUGGGCCGAGGAGGCCUGCACGCGCACCUGCCCCACCGCCUGCGCCUGCAGCAGCACGGAGCGCGGCUGCUCUGUGCGCUGUGACCGCGCCGGCCUCCUGCGGGUGCCGGCUGAGUUUCCGUGCGAGGCGGCCUCCAUCGACCUGGACCGGAACGGCCUGCGCUUCCUGGGCGAGCGGGCCUUUGGCACGCUGCCGUCGCUACGCCGCCUGUCGCUGCGCCACAACAACCUGUCCUUCAUCACGCCCGGCGCCUUCAAGGGCCUGCCACGUCUGGCCGAGCUGCGCCUGGCGCACAACGGUGAGCUGCGCUACCUGCACGCUCGCACCUUCGCCGCACUCGGCCGCCUGCGCCGCCUCGACCUGGCCUCCUGCCGCCUCUUCACCGUGCCCGAGCGCCUCCUGGCCGAGCUGCCGGCCCUGCGCGAGCUCGCCGCCUUCGACAACCUUUUCCGCCGCGUGCCCGGCGCGCUGCGCGGGCUGGCCAACCUGACGCACGCGCACCUGGAGCACAGCCGCAUCGAGGCGGUGGCUUCCAGCUCGCUGCUGGGCAUGAGGCGCCUGCGCUCUCUCAGCCUGCAGGCCAACCGCGUCCGCGCCGUGCACGCAGGCGCCUUCCGCGACUGCGGCGCCCUGGAGCACCUGCUGCUUAACGACAACCUGCUGGCUGAGCUGCCCGCCGAAGCCUUUCUAGGCCUGCGCCGCCUGCGCACGCUCAACUUGGGCGGCAACGCGCUGGGGCUCGUGGCGCGAGCCUGGUUCGCCGACAUGGCGGAGCUUGAGCUGCUUUACCUGGACCGCAACAGCAUCGCCUUCGUGGAGGAGGGCGCCUUCCAGAACCUCUCGGGCCUCCUUGCCCUGCACCUCAAUGGCAACCAACUCACUGUGCUGGCCUGGGCCGCCUUCCAGCCUGGCUUCUUCCUGGGCCGCCUCUUUCUCUUCCGCAACCCGUGGCGCUGUGACUGCCGCCUGGAGUGGCUGCGCGAGUGGAUGGAGAGCUCCGGGCGUGUGGCCGACGUGCCGUGCGCCGCCCCGGGCUCCGUGGCCGGCCUGGACCUCAGCCAGGUGGCCUUCGGGCGCUCUUCCGAUGGCCUCUGUGUGGACCCGGAGGAGCUGAACUUCACCGCAUCCAGCCCAGGCCCGUCCCCAGAGCCAGCGGCCACCACCGUGAGUAGGUUCAGCAGCCUCCUCUCCAAGCUGCUGGCCCCGAGGGUCCCGGUGGAGGAGGUGGCCAACACCACCGAGGGGCCGCUCAACACCUCCCUGUCCGACAGCCUUCCCUCCAGGGGGGUGGUUGUCUCUGGCCACGACACCUGGUUUCUCCUCGGCUCUGGCUUCCUGCUCAGCGUGGUGUUCGUCCUAAGCAUGGACUAACCUUGCCUCACUGGGGU